CACCGAUCACGAUCAAGAUGGUUGAUGCUCUGGUUAGAUAUAGGAAUUUUAUUGCAAGUCGCAAUUUGUACAGUACUUCUAUCCCAAGUAUUUUUUUACAUGAGAUUUUAACUACACAUUCAGUUCAUAAAGAGGAAUGCUAGACCUAUUCUUGAGGACGGUCUAGUGAUAGUUUAAUUCAGGACGUCCUAAAAAUGGGAAUUUUAAUUUCCAAAAUAUGGAGCUUGUUUUCAAACAAGGGUGGUGAUACUUGUUAUAGACUGCACAGAUAGAGAGCGGUUAAGUUUAGUCAAAGAGGAGUUCUACAAUAUGCUGGCAAAUGAGGACUUGGUCAAGUCAGUCGUGUUAGUGUAUGCUAAUAAACAAGAUGUUAAAGGAUCCAUGACUGCAGCAGAAAUUUCAAAGUACUUGAACCUGACGUCUAUCAAAGCGCACACGUGGCAUAUACAGGCCUGCUGUGCAUUAACAGGAGAAGGAUUGAAUAGUGGCCUUGAGUGGGUGUGCUCGAAGAUCAAGGUGUAGUCAUGACGAAGUAUAAGACAGUGUUGGGAUUCUCCCUGUUACUGGCGUGGGAAACGAGUGGCACAACACAGUGUGUAAGAAAUGACAGCUCCACACAGAAAGUGCUUACUGUUGUGAUAGCCAAUGUGAUGCAACAGUGUCGCAGGCGUGCGAGGGCUGGAAAAGUCAGCUAUCCGACAUCUGCAUGACCUUGAAGUGCUAGUCUAAAGAACGUCACUGCUCAGUGAGCAAGAAGCUGACAGGUUUGCGCGUGCGUGAAGUCGUGGACCUGUGUAGCGCAUCCACGUAUGUCAGCAACGUCGCACUUCUGUCCGAGGGAGUCGAUUGUUUUUAAGUUGCCAGACUCCACUUUUAAACAUCUACUAAAGGAAAAACUGGGGCAUGUGGUCUUGUUGUUGGCAAAGACACAGCGAAGAGUUGCACUCCCAGCGACUAGUGACCAUCAUCAUUCGAAUGUUGCGUUUGUAAAUUUGCUUAAUGUACGUGUAUGUCUCAAACAGUGAAGUGUGUCGACAGGGUAUUUGUUCAUUCAACGUGAGCAGGGUGAACUACAUUUUAUAUCGCAAUGAAAAUGAAGCUCUUUUUUAUUCACCUGUUGGAAACUAAAUUAGAUUUUCAGAUUUUCUAGCCUCACUAUUAAUGAUGAUUAGGUGCAGUGAAAAAAAUACACGGGGGCUCGGAGCGAUUUAGCCCCCGAAAUGCCAAAAAGAGCCUCGGAAAUGCCCAAA